CCGCAGCCCGCUGUGGCCGGCCGGGCCCGCUCCGCCGCCGCGCUCCGCUCCGCCGUGCACCGCCACCAUGACCGUCACACGGCUCGACCAGGGCCAGCGCUACCGCCCGAGGAUGGCCUUCCUGAAAAAGAUCGAAACACUGAUGAUGGAGAUGCAGAACCCGGACACGGGAAUCAAGACACAGACACAGACGGUGAUGAUCGCCAACAUCCCCCACGCUGUGACAGGUGUUGAUAUAAUGCAGUGGAUUCUUCAGCGCUUGCAGAUCACUGCGGAAGAGGCACUCCACCUGGGAGACCUGUUUGUCAAAUAUGGAUAUAUCUACCCUCUUCAGGAGCCAAAGAACCUCACCCUUAAGGCAGACGGCAGCCUCUACAGGUUUCAAACCCCCUAUUUCUGGCCGGUGCAGAGCUGGGCUGCUGAUGACACAGACUAUGCAAUUUAUCUAGCAAAGAAGAACAUUAAAAGGAAAGGGAUUUUGGAAGAAUAUGAAAAGGAACAUUACAGCAUGCUCAAUCAAAAAAUAAACUACAAGUGGGAUUUUGUUAUUAUGCAGGCCAAGGAGCAGUAUAAGGCAGGGAAGGAGCGGAAGAAGGAGGACAGGUACGCCCUGGACUGCCAGGAGAGAGCCUACUGGCUUGUGAACAGAACUCCUCCGGGCAUGCUGGACGUCCUCGAGUACGGGUUAGACCGUGUCACAGAUCCCAAUGAAAAUAAGAAAAAUACUAUGGAAUUCUAUAGGAGAGAGAUCAUGUACUAUCAGCAGGCCAUCAUGAAGACCAGAGUGAAAUCUUCUGUCUCUCUUGGAGGGGUUGUGAAGUACUCUGAGCAGUUCCUCUCCAAUGAUCCCAUCCUGUCUGGAUGUCUCCCCAGCAACCCUUGGAUAUCAGAUGACCCUGAGUUUUGGGAUCUCAAUGCAAAGCUGGUAGAGGUGCCCACCAGGAUGCGCGUGGAGCGAUGGGCCUUCAACUUCAGCGAGCUGAUCCGGGACCCCAAAGGCCGCCAGAACUUCCAGCUCUUCCUGAAGAAGGAGUUCAGCGGAGAGAAUCUGGGUUUCUGGGAAGCCUGUGAGGAUCUCAAGUAUGGAGACCAAUCCAAGGUCAAAGAAAAAGCAGAAGAAAUCUACAAGCUCUUCCUGGCUCCAGGAGCAAGGCGCUGGAUUAACAUCGAUGGCAAAACAAUGGGCAUCACAGUCAAAGGCCUGGAGCACCCUCAUCGUUAUGUUCUAGAUGCUGCUCAGACCCACAUUUACAUGCUGAUGAAAAAGGACUCCUAUGGCCGCUAUUUAAAGUCUCCAAUAUACAAGGAAAUGCUGGCCAAGGCUGUUGUGCCACAAGAGGGUGUCAAAAAAAGCACGGGUUUGUUCGGGCGCCGCCACCUCCGCUCCAGCCCCAGCCCCAUCAUCCUGAGGCAGCAGGAGGAAGAGGCCAAAGCCAAAGAAGCCGCCAACACCGUGGACAUCACGCAGGUCAUGAGCAAGCUGGAUCGCAGGAACCAGCUCCAGAAGGAAGCUCCUCCCAAGUAGGCUCUGAGCCCCGCAGCAGGGAAAAGACAAGGCGAGGCUGGUGCUGAGCUUCGCCUCCCCUCUCCUGAAGGUGUCAGUGCUGCUCUAGGUUUGGCAGGCCGGCUGUCCCUCCGCCAGCUGCCCGCACGUUGCCAUGGCUCCUGGAGAGCAGCUGGGGCUGUGCCGGGCUCGGGCUGCAGCAGCCGCACACCUCGCAGGGGAGAGGAGAUGCCUUCUGCUGCCGCACAUCCCCCGGGAGGCUGCACAGCCCGCCUGCCUCUCCCCGCCGCUCCGGGAGCGGGGUGGCACAAGGCAGGGUGAAGCUGUGCCCCAGCGCUCCGGGCUCAGACGAGCCUCCCGUGGCACAGAGGGGAAUGACCCCGCGGGGAGCAGGGCGAGGUGACCCAGCCCCGAGUGUCCCUGCUGGUCCCCAUCCCCUCGGGGGACCGUGCACCCUCCCAAGGGGUGCAUCCGGCACCCCCUGAGAGGAGCACAGCCCCCACUCCAAGAGUCCUGCACCUCCAGCCAGCACCACGGGCUGCAGACAGAAGAGCUGCUUGUGGGAACAGUAGCAGGAGCAUUUCUGAAGGUUUAGCUGACCUUCUGAGUUUGAAUGACACUCCUACAUCCCCUGGCACGCUGGAGAUGAUCUGCGGGAAGCUCUGCUCUGCUCUCCCCGUGACUCCUGUGCCAUGAGCUGGGCGUGCAGGUGCAGAGAGCUGCCCCUUCCCAGAGCAUGCACAAGGCUAAGAGAGAUUUUAUCCAAUCCUUCCCACUUCUUGUCUUGUCUUUUUCCUGCUUUUCUAUUUUCUGUUGUUAAAAAUCCAGCAGGAGGUAGCUGCAGUUGUCACUGGCUUGUAGCCCAGAGGCAAGGGAGAGCAGGGUAGAGGUGUUAAGAGCUGAUUUAAACUUUAAGUAGUAUUUUCAUUUGCUCUGUCUCUUUUGCUCUGUAGAAUGAGGCAAGCUAAAAUACUACAUUAGUGCUAAAGAGCUCAGGGAGAUUCCAGGCCUUGCUGGAAAAGCCCAGCAUGCCUGGACCAGGCCAAGGAUUACCAGAAGUGUGAAGAUUCCUGCAAAGCCCAGUCAAGGGAACUGAAGGGGAAGAAAAGCUUCCUUGUUUAUUAAAAUGUUGGGGAAGCAGAGGAACUGGGUAGAAGUACUGAAGUCUGGGAAGCUGCUUCUCUCCAGUUCAUCCCUUUUUAAUACUGGUAGGGUUUUAUAGAAAAUGGGAGAUUAUAGAAUCCCAGAAUGGUUUGGAUUGGAAAGGACCUUAAAGCUCAUCUCAUCCCACCCCCUGCCACAGGCAGGGACACCUUCCACUAUCCCAGGGUGCUCAGAGCCACAUUCAGCCUGGCCUGUAACACUUCCAGGGAUGGGGAAGCUUAAGGAGAAAGCUGGCAGGGAGCAGGAGCCCUUAGAUAGGGGGGUGCAUACAGACCCUUGGAGCCCUGGGGUCCUUGCAGGGCAGCUCCCUGUGAACAGGGGACAGUCAGGAUGUCACUGUGUCCCCAACAGCUCCAACAGCCACUCUGGCCCUCCCCGUGUGUGACAUCAGAGGCAGGAUCAGGGCUGGACACUGAUCUGGUGUCACUCCUCUCCUCCACCUGUGGCUGAGCCUGGGAGAUUGUCCUACUCUUCCUUACCCCAUCAGUGACAAACCUCCUUAGAGGAAUUCAAAUGGAGUUACCCCAGAUUUUCCCUCUGAUGUCUGUGCUGAGUCUCUGUUCUCACUCCUGCUGGAAGCAUGGGCACAUUCUGCACUGCUGUACAGGGGAGCAGGCUCUGGCUGCCUUUUUUUAAAUUCUGCUUAAAACCCCAAGGCUUUGUUACAUCAGGUGCUGAGCACCCUCAGCCUUUGACAUCAGAGCACUGGAAGACACUCCAGAACCUGGCAGGGUUGGCCCAAAGCUACUUGGCUGUGAUGAACUCUACAGUCUCUCCAGAGUUUGUGUAACAUGGAGCACUGAGCAUGUUGGGAUUGCCAGUAUGUAGUAACAUGUGGAAGAUCAAGUCAGGGUAUAAAUAAUAAAUAACAAAUCUGUGUGUUCCCGUCAGUCCCUCUGAUUCUACUUCUAUUUUGUCUGCUGCUUUGCUUGUUAUGUUCUCUGUAUCCAUUCCUUUCUCUGAUUUUCUAUCAUUUCUGCUUGGCAUCGCUGCUCCCCUGCCAUGGGUUCGUGCUGCAUGCUCGGGAGUCACUGUGCUUGUGGAACACCAGUUACUGCUUGUGGAACACAAAUUACUGUGUGUGGAACACCAGUCAUUGCUUGUGUAUCACCAGUUAGUGCAUGUGUAUCACCAGACAUUGCUUGUAUAUCACCAGUUACUGCUUUGGAACACCAGUUACUGUGUGUGGAACACCAGUCAGUGCUUGUUUACCACCAGUUAGUGCACGUGGAACGAACAGCCAUCCUUCACACACAGGCAGGAGCUGUCUUUCCCCUGCCACAGGUUGAUGGAGCUGUCACAGCCCAGCCUUCCGUUUCUCAUCCUCUGCUGCUCAGUCCCCGAAGAGGAAAGUUGCCUGGGACAAGCUGAACUUCACUUUGUGCCAGCCGAGAAAUUGUUUGCUUCAUGUGUUGUUUCAUUUUUUUGGCCAUGGCUUCCAUGCAUUCAUGUGUCUAAUAAAAAUAAAUGUAGAAAACAGAAAAAGAACCGAGUUCAUCCUUCUCUGUUGUGUCUCAGUGUGUUCAUCCUUCUCUGAGCCAUCUCUGCACGUGUGUGUACAUGUCCUGUGUGUUCUUCUGCUCUAAGCUCCUCUCCUUGGACACUUGAGCUGCUUUUCAUUUCUGCUGGGAGUAAAUCCUUGAGAAAUGGGAGUGGAGCUGGCAUGCAGCAUGUGCUGUCCUUGUCCUGUCCAGUGUGUGCUUGGGCUUGUCCUGCGGGCUGAGCUGUGCUGGAGCCUCCCCAGGGGCACUGGGGGCUCCAGUAUGAGGCUGAUGGUACUUUGAGCCACCGGGGCUGGGGCUCGGGGUCUGUCCCAGCCCUGCCUGGUGCCGUGGGUGUGACAUUGUGCUGUUCAUAACCAAGAUCACAUUCCCGGGAUGACAGCCUCCUCCGUGCCUGGAGCUAAUCGUUGUGAGGAAUGAGACAAGCUGCUGUCUCCUCCAGCAUCCCGGCGGGUGUGGGGCUGGAUCUGUCAGCACCCGCUGGGGCUGUGGCAGCAAUGACCCCCGGGCAAGCUGUGACACCUCAGUGCUCCGGCAGGGGAGGGCAGGGAAGGGGACAGAGCUGCAGGACAGGGGGACAGGCACAGGCUGGGCUGGGGCGGCUGUAGCUGCCUCCCCGCUGAGCCCUUCUCUCCUGGCAGCACCAAAGAAGGAGAGGGAUUCUCCUCCUGAAGAAGCCUGGGGAGCCCUGAGAGUCACCCCCAGACCUGACCGAGCCUCUCUCCUUUUCCUCCCCACAGCCAGGCCACCUCGCCUCCGGCUCCGCUGGCCGCAGCACGCCGGCAUCGCCCUCAGCCGCCCCCCGGGCCCUGCCUCCCGCGGCCCCCGGGCCCGCAGCCCUGCCCCACGGCACCGCCUGCCCCUCGCCCAUCAGCCCG